GAUUGGGAGGGAUUUACUUGUCUGUUUUAGUUGGACUCAUUUAUUAGAGCUUGAUUGAGGGUGAGAUGGCGGGGUAAAUGUCUAUCUCUAUCUACUAUCUAUCUUUAUCGUCUAUCUAUAAUACUAUUGUAUACAGUAUAGUAAGCAAUCCUCCUGCACUGUAACCUCACUAGCUCAUCCCAUUACGGUACAUGCAGAGUAGAUGAGGGGUAACAUCAUCAUCAUCAUCUAUAAUCCUAGACAAUAUAUAAGCAUAUUGUACUUGUAUGUACUUGUACAUCCAUAGUAAAUACUAUACAAUGACCGAAUUCGAAACCAACGCCUGCGACCAAUGCCACCGCACAAAGCAAAGCUGCACAAAGCAUCUCCCUCAGUGCCAGCGGUGUGUGAAAUCGUCGACGCCGUGUACGUACAGUUUUGGGAAAUUUAUGGGGAGGCCGAAGAAGAGGUUGAGGAGGAAGCAGAGUCAGAGUCAGAGUCAGACUGAGGAGAGGAGAGUAGAGAAUCAGAAUCAGAAUGAGAAUGAAGGACAAAUCGACACUAGCAAUGUCCUCCCAUCGCCUGCUCUCUCCUGUCGGACAAAACGUGGAUUGGCAGUUUCUGCAUGCGAUCAAUGUUAUCGGUUCAAAGUGAAAUGCGUCCGCGAUGGAGAUCGAUGCCAGCGAUGUCUGGGCAAUAACAAUGUCUGUACGUUCAGUCUGUCGUUUCAGGAUACUCCUCGUAAACGAAGACUUUCGAAUGUUUCUCCAGAUGAUUCGCCUGUUCGACGGAAUACCGUCUCUUCAAUCGAUACUGUACCAGAAGAAACAUCGCUCUCGAUUGAUGACUUUCUCUCGCAGGAUAUCCUCGAUACAGACAUUUCGUGGUCUCCAAUUCCUGAUUCACAGAGUGGAUUUGUGUAUGAAACAACAUCGCAGAAUCAGAAUCAGAAUCAAUCAUGCCCCUGCCUCAACACCGCUCUAUCAACUCUAUCCCAAUUGGAAAACUUACAAACACACUUCGACUUCGAUCUACUCCUUUCCAGCACACACAGCAGUCUGGCAUUCUGCGAAACAGCCACGAAAUGCCCUUCGUGCUCAAGCUCAGUCCUGUCAAUGCUCUGCGUCACCAUUCUACAGCGCAUACUUGCAUGCUACGAGAGUAUAUCAAAAAUAACCGAUACAAAUAUAUCCUCCUCAGUGAGUAUCAGAAUCGGAAGUCUCGAAUUCCACGAAGAAUCAUGCGGACCGGGCAUUCUCCAAGCUGUUCUCGAUUGCGAGACGAAGCGAGCACAGCGCGUAUGCGAGUCUCUGAUAAAUACACCUGAAAAUGGCGGAUUAAAAGCAUUGAUAAAUCACAUCAAAACCCAAUUCACUAGAUAACAUCAUAUCAUCACAUCAUAAAUGAAUAGCAAAAGUCGAAUUACAAAACUCCAUCGCACACUGAUAUAGACUCGUCGAUACCGAAACGAGUAAUUCCCGCUGACACUUGACCCCCUCCUCAUCAGAUGAAAACAUCCUCGACAAUUGCAACGCACAACUCGCCGCGCUCAUCAUCUCCGUCGUGACGAUCGCUUUCCCAAUCGCUGACGAUAACCCCGUUUUCACAUGGAAUGACCCAAUCCCGACUUCCACCUCGACUUCAACGUCUCCAUCUCCCCCUUUCGAGAGUAACCGUCUACUCACGCCUGUGUAAUGC